AUGGAUUCCGACGGCGUUUCAGAAGUAGGCAGUGGGGUAUAUCGAGGGGAAGAAGCCCUCCGUCAUCUCGCCUCCUCUGCUGUUCAAAUAUACGCUUUUCCCCCGGUUUCUCUCUCCCUCGCUCGUCCCGCUCAAAAUUCCUUCCGCUCGCGACCUCCUCUUCCGUCCUCCGCGACUUUGCCUCCUUUGAUCGUGAACCCGCCGCGCUCGCCGGUUGCCUCCGCCUUCCCUUCCAGAAAAGCCAUCUGCUCUCUCUCUCUCUCCUCCGCGAAGCGCCGCUCUUUUUGUGAACCGCGCCUCCGCCCUCUGCCGCUUGCCUUCGCCGUCGCCUCCCGGAGCCCGUCGGUGGCUCAGAUCCCGACCACGCGGCCGCCUCCGCCUACGUCGUCGCCUCCGAAGCCCCCAUUGGCGAUUCGUCCUCUGCCCUCUCUCUCUGUCCCAAGAAAUGGCACCGCUUGGCUCUCUGUGACGAACCACGCCUCCGCCGUUGCCUCUCGAAGCCCCUUUGGCGAUCUCGGGCUCCGACUCGGCCUCUGCGUUGCCUCCGAAGCCCCAUUCUCAGAGAAAUGGCUCUGCUCGGCUCUCGAAGCUGGCGCUGGUGGUGGUGAUGGUGGGGUUGAGGUGUGCAAGUGUGACAAUCGCGGCGCGGGCCGAAUCUCCAUGCCCGCCAACAAGUCGAAGUACACAUGAGUUCGAUCGACGCAUACCGUGAGCUUUCUAGUUCGUUUGAGUGUGUGCUGCUUCGUGGAGUUUCUUGAAUCAAGAGCGUAUUCACAGGAGAAUUUGAUUGAUUGCGUGAAAGUGCAAAAGAAGCAAUUUGGCAAUGAAUUUCUCAGCUGUUAUGCUAAUAUUAUCCUCUCAUCUUCUUUAUAGCCACAAUUAUGAAAUGUUAUAUUCUUGCAUUGUGAUCUUGAUUGCUACUUCGACCUUGUUUCAACUUGCGGCCCUUGAUCCU